CACAGUGGAAGACUUCUGGGCUCUGUAUAAUCACAUCCAACUAUCAAGUAACUUGAUCUCCGGCUGUGACUACUCACUUUUCAAGGAUGGUAUCGAGCCCAUGUGGGAGGACGAGAGGAACAAGCGUGGUGGCAGGUGGCUCAUCACACUUUCCAAACAGCAGCGCAGGGCCGACCUCGACCGCUUCUGGCUGGAAACGCUCCUGUGCCUAGUGGGCGAAGCCUUCGAUGACCACAGUGAUGAUGUAUGCGGGGCAGUAGUUAACAUCCGAACGAAAGGAGACAAACUUGCGAUAUGGACAACAGACUACGAAAACAAGGAUGCUAUUACACACAUAGGACAAGGGUGGAAGGAGAGGUUAGGCGUGCCACACAAGGUGAUCAUCGGAUAUCAAUCACACGCGGACACUGCCACCAAGAGUGGUUCCACCACCAAGAACAAGUUUGUUGUCUAAGGAGGUUUUUUUUGUUGGUUGGUUGUUUUUCCUUUCCGUUUCCAUGGCGUUUGUUGAAAUGCUGUUGCGAAGUUUAAUCUGCUACCCAAUUGAAACCAAAGCUUCAACACACAAUUUCCUUUAUUCAAACAAUUGCAAUAUGAUUUCACGACAAAAUGGUCUCAUUCAUAUUUGCCCUGAAACAAACCUAUACCUUCGAUGAAGGUUGGGAAUAACCAUGAGAAUUGAAAUACCCCAAAAAAUACCCCCCAAAAGUUAUCCAUGUUCUUUUUUUUAUUCGCCAUUUCCCUUUUCUUACUGAGGAUAUACUAGGAGGCUUUUUGUUGAUAUAUUUUAUGUUUAACAGCAUCACACUCGUAGCUGCCAGGGAUUUGUCUCCGUAAGCGUGUUUUCGGGACGCCUAAUUCCAAACUGUAAAAAAAUAUAUAUAUAAAAAAUAUA